CUUUUGACCGGUAGUGUAUAUAACUUACGAUUUAAGUGUUUUGUAAUAUCAAGUUGUCUUCUUUUCUUCCACUCUAUAAUAUCUCCAGUCAGAGCUCCCAGGGCGAGGUACACAAUAGUAGGAGAAGCUAUACGUUUUAUUGUUCCUGCACAUAUGCAAUGCUCAAUCGGCUGUGGAGGUCAAGCCUGCAAGUAUGAUAACCCGAGUUACUGGAGUGAAGACCAACAGGCCAUAAAAGGCCUCUACUCGUCCUGGGUUUCUGAUAAUCUUCUCGCUAUGUCCAGACCCUCAACAGAAAUCAUUGAGAAGUAUAACAUCAUUGAUCAAUUCAAAAGGAAUGGUAUUAAAUCAGUGAUCAACCUACAGAUACCUGGUGAACAUGCCACCUGUGGAAACCCUCUGGAGCCAGAGAGCGGCUUCUCGUACCGCCCAGAGGUCUUCAUGGAAAACAACAUUUAUUUCUACAAUUUUGGCUGGAGUGACUACGGAGUGGCCAGCCUCACCACGGUGCUGGACAUGGUGAAGGUUAUGGCUUUUGCCCUGCAGGAGGGAAAGAUAGCGGUGCACUGUCACGCUGGGCUCGGCAGAACAGGUGUGCUGUUAGCAUGUUUCUUGGCUUACACCACCAGGAUGACUGCUAACCAGGCUAUUUUAUACGUACGUGCUAAACGACCUACUUCGAUCCAGACGCGGGGUCAGCUGCGUUGUGUCAGGGAUUUCGUCCAGUUCCUCGCCCCUUUGAGGAGCGUGUUCUCCUGUGCGGAGCCUCGACUCAACCGGGUCACCCUGUCCCAGUACCUGAACCGCCAGAGACACAUUCUGCACGGCAACGAGAGGAAGGAGCUGAAACACCUACCGAAGAUCGUCCAGCUGGUGUCUCGGCUGCUGGUGGACAUUGCAGAGAACCGACAGGUGAUUGAGGAAGACAUUCUGGAGGCGCCUGAUAUUGAAGACAUAGAGAUGACUCUCAGCGUCAUCGAGAAGAUGGGCCCUGAGUUUUAUGCACCUGGCAAGCCCCGUUUGCCAGGUGCGCCCAUAUUACCCAGACAUUUCAACGAGCCGCCCAUUUUCUACCAUCGCAAAAGUCUGAGCUACAGCGAGUCCGACUUGAGACGGCUGGGCUCCAAGCUCAACCUCCACACACAGCCCCUGGGCCCCAUGUCUCAGAGUAAUGUGGACCUUCCCGAGGCCACUCAGCCUGCCGUCCAGCAUCAGUGCAACAUGUCGGAGGUUUCCUACGGCUCAACAAGCUCACUCUGGCAAGUCAAGAAUUUAGAGACCCAAAAAGAUGGAUCCAUUCUGCUGAAGAAAGUGAAGCGGAAAACCAUCCAACGUAGUGAGUCUAUGGGGAACAAUGAAUCUGAAUCCAAAUACAGUACCAUGUUGUCCAAGUGGAAACAAGAGCAGAGGGAAGAGUUAGGAAUCAGCAGGAGGAAGCAUGAAGAUGGAGAAGAGGAACAAUCAGAGGUGCCCUUUAUUACCCUGCAGUCAGAGUUGUCCCUGGAAGCCAGGAGGCUGCUAGUAGCACAGGCGCUUGCAGUGGACCUUCUUCUUGAUGGGGAAGAGGAGCACAAGAACAGAGUCUUGGCCUGGCAGGCAGAGCUGAACCAAGGCGGGGGCUGGGAGAGGCUGUGUCUGGAGCGGGACCCCUUCAUCCUCACUGGGCUCAUGUGGGCGUGGCUGGAGCAGCUCAAAGAGCCCGUCAUCUCCGUCCAGGACGCCGUGGCCCUGAACUCUAACCACGCUGACGCUCACACCGUCUUUAACACACUGGACCAGGCCCCGAAACAAACAUUAACAUGCAUACUAGAUUGUAUGGCUCAAAUGCAGGUAAUACCAGAAGAGGUUGAAAAUGCUUUCCUGAAUCGUACAAUAAAGGCUUUCACCUGGAUGGAAAACAACUCAGAGGAUGGAAGCAAAGUGUAUGAAUCCAUGACUAGAGCCCUCCAGUGUGUCAUUGAGGACAUGAGAAGUGCGUUCAUCGAAGAGGAUGAGAAGCAAAAAUCCUCUUCCUGCCCUUUAACAUAAGGACUACCAGUCAUGUAUACGUGUUUCACUGCCUGUAUGUCUGUUUGUUUGGAGGAAAUACAUAGGAAAGGAUGCUUUUGUGCCUUGUAACCAAAUGAUUUACUUUGUCAAGAUUUUGUCAAGUUGGGCUAAAUGUAAAAUCUUAUAGUAUGUAGAGCAGGGGUGUCAAACUCAAAUACACAAUGGGCCAAAAUUUAAAACUUGAAUAAAAUCGCGGGCCAACAUUGAACAAAUAAACCUUUUAAUAUAUACCAAACAUGUUUUGCUUUAACAUUAAAUAUGGAACCAGCAAUGCUUAUAAACAUACAAUAUAUAACUAAAUAGUGCAGACAUGCAAAAUCAAAUUUCAAAUAAAAAACACAUCAAUGUCAU